UUCGUUUUAGCAAGGUGACGGAAGGGCGACGAUGCCUUUGCUGCGUGUCAAGGUCGUGUCUGCGAGCAAGUUGCUUGCCUUGGACAGCAACACCUUUGGUGGGGGACCUUCGUCGGAUCCAUAUGUGCGCUUGACAUGCGGGACCGAGACGGCCAAGACGAAAGAAGUGAAAAAGUCGUUGAACCCUCAAUGGCACGAAGAAUUUCGGUUCGGGGAAGCAGUUCUCCUCGAUGUGUCAACGGCGUCGUUGCACUUUCGCGUCAAGGACCACAACGUGCUCGGCCCGGCUGAAGAUCUCGGGGAGGUCACCGUGGCGUUGGAACCUCUCCUGCCGAGUCAAUGGAACAAACUGACGUUGCCGCUGGAAACCCACACGAGUAUGAAAAAGGCGGCCAGCGGGGAGUUGGUUGUGGAGAUUUUCUUGGACCCGACGCAAGGCGUGGGGACCGCGGCCCUUCCCCCGUUGAGUCAUGCGCCGAGCAGUACCUCGGACGAAUCGACUUCCGCGGACAGUCCAGAGGCCGCUGCGGUCGAAGGCGACGGCUCUGCCGCUCCAGCUGCUUCACCUCCCGCACCGUGGACGUUCAACGUCCUCGCUGUGAGCGUGCUGGAAGGCAAAGGAUUGAAAGCGCUCGACGGCGACGGCGCCGACUCCACCAGCGAUCCUUUCGUGACGCUCACGCUGGGGGACGACAUAUCAGCCAAGCCGCUCAAAACCAAGGUCCAUUCAUAUCGCUCUUUUCACCCAAAUGUGGACUGUUGGUUGAUUUUGCCAAGCCAUUUGAUAAAAUUUAAGCCUGUACAAACUAUGCAAUACAACAUGUAGAA